AAGUAGGUCGGGUUCCAACGUAAACAAACCAACGUGUAUGGUAACUCGUGUACACAUUAUCGGUUUUAAUUACAAGUGGGAAAUUCUGAUCCGUUUGCAAAUGUUCCAACACACUUUGUCUUUUCAAGGCCCAACUGAUUAUAUGUAGUGUCGCCUUCUGAUAGUAACGAGGAAGGAUGAUAAAGCCCCGUGUUAUAAUUCGUUUUCUGUGUUUAGGUAUUUUCUUGUUUUCAACUUUUUCGAUAACGAUAUCUUGGCGAUCUUUGAUAACAUUUGCUGUAUUUCUAGCAUCUUUAUAUAUACUAUCCCCGGCAAAGCAACCCAAUGCCUCGUCAGAAAGUGAUCAGAAAACAACGCGACAAAUCGUAAACGAGUUAUACCCCUUGGUGGAUGAGGAGGAGCUACAGAGGAGCGUAGAGAGGGCGGUGUUUGGGUUCGUGACCUAUGACGCAACCAGUGUCACGGCACUGCAGCAGUUCAACCCUGUACAAGAAAACACGGAAUGUAUAUUUGCAAAGAAGGCGAAACUCUGGGGAAAUCAGGAUUGGAACCAAGAAUUAAGUUUGGAAGAGAAUGUUUUCAGAUGGCUACCAACUCUGCUUCAGUUUACAAUUGUUUGUCGCCAGUAUAAACUUGAUGGAUUCGUUAUCGAAAUACCCGAGGAAUAUCACCAUAACGACAUACACGAAUUUGCAAAGACAUUCAAGAAAAUUCUAAAAGUGAUUUCGGAUAAUGAUCCGAAAAAUAUUAAAUGCAUGGAUAAAUCGUAUGUCUCGAAACGAGGCUGGGUUUUUCAGUUCAACAAGAUGACGUUUUUCAUCACCACGUUUGCACCUUUUUAUCCAGCGACCAACAGCAGGUAUGCCUUCGGGUGUGACAACUGUUUCAUUUUGCUUCAACCAGAAUUGAGUUUCGCUCUUCACGAUUUGUCUUGGGACACACCCGAGACAAAUUACGACAACCCUACCUCAGAACGGGACAGAAUCCGCUGUGCCUAUAGGGAUGCAGGGAGACCCUAUGUAGUACCACGUGAUAUCACUCAGCCAAUGGCGUGGGACAUGAUAAAACCACUCACAGAACACGAUCCGAUAGUUCAGUGGUGGAAGUGAUAACCCCGUUGUUGAUUUUGAAUUUAAGUUUGUUUUUAUCUGUCAGCACAUCUGAAAAUCUUGUAUAAUUGUCACUGACAAAACUUUUUGUUCUGAUACAACCUGUAUGAUUUAAUUAAUAUUAUAUGGUUAUAUAUGAUUGUGGUUCAUUUUUUAAUCUUUUGGACUAUUUUUGGACCGAAGUAACAGACCCUACGUCAACACAAAAUCGUUCAACUAAACAUUCCUUCUCAUGCAUGAUUUUUUUGAUAUGAGUGAAAUACUCUCCAAGUGAUGCAAAACAGCAAGAGGAAAUAUCAUUGAAAUUAAGGUACUUCAGUACACCUUCAAAUAGUUUCUCAAAUCAGCAGAAAAUUACUUGAUUAUGAUAGUGAGCAUGAUGGAUAAGAAGUAUAUAUGUCAAAUAGGCGAAAAAAUGUGCAAUUUUGGAUACUGAUAUUUUUGGAAAUUUCAUUCAGUUGUCAUG